UUGACCCAAGCAAACGAAGCUUAGCUGUUUUAUUCAAGAUAAGGGAAAGCAGAGUUUUAACAUUUUUUUUGCAAACGAGCAUUUGUUUAGCCAGCAUUAUUUCUGUGGUAUGAUUUCCGUGGCAUACAUGAACAAUACCGAAUAAAGGCAUGCACGAAGUCUGAAACUCGCAUGUAACUUACGCGGGAAGUCAUGUCAAAAGCAAACUGUGAAGUGUUUGAGGUGAUGCCUGUCACCACAAAAGGGCUGCCUCCUGGCUGGACAAUAGAGACAAAGCAACGAAAACAAGGCAAGACAGCAGGCAAAACAGACACAUAUAUCAUUAGUCCUCAGGGCAAGCGCUUCAGGUCCAGAGCAGCUCUCCAGGACUACCUGCUCUCCAAGGAAAGCACCGAGACAGGCUCCUUCGGCUUCACCCCACCCGGAAAUAACCUCGGAGGCUCCCAGCGCCACGAGAGGCAGGCAGGGAGGCCGGGGAGGGCACCGCAAGCGAGGAAGCGUGCCGUUAGACGGACGCAGACGGAGAAUGGGAAGAGCGAAGAAGGAGAGGAGCCGGAGCGGAGCGGGCCCGAGAGCGCGAGCGUGGAACCGGCCAGCGGAGCAGCUCCGGUGGAGAACACACAAGCCGCGGUGCCCACCGUGAGGGUGCAGGCCGCGUCAGACAGCGACAGAGAUGGUGACGGAAAGGACGAGGAUGUGGAAGGGCGGGAUCAAGUGAAUGAAGGAAAACUGAUUGACCCGGCCACAAGGGGGAGCUGUUCCCCUCUUAGAAACGCGCAAAGUGGCACCAGAUUACUGGCAGAAAAGCGCCGAACCAGUCCGUAUUUCAGCAGAAAGACUGAUGGUCUCAGUCCUCCAAAACGUAAAGCACUCAGAAAGUGGACCCCUCCUCGUUCCCCCUUCAACCUGGUGCAAGAAACCCUGUUUCACGACCCCUGGAAGCUUCUAGUGGCCACCAUCUUCCUCAACAAAACCAGUGGACAUCAUGUGCUGAGUCAGGAAAGUUGGCAAUACCACUGCUUUGGCGGUUUUUUGAGCGCUACCCGUCUGCUGACGCAACACGGGCGAGCGACUGGAAGGCGCUGGCUGACCUCCUUCAGCCGCUCGGCCUCCAUGUCUUGCGAGCCAAAGCGCUUAUCCGCUUCUCCGAUGAGUACCUCACAAAGUCAUGGAGGUAUCCUAUCGAGUUACACGGCAUCGGCAAGUACGGCAAUGACUCCUACCGCAUAUUCUGUGUGGGGGAAUGGAAAGAGGUCAUCCCAAAUGAUCACAAGCUGAACGACUAUCACACUUGGCUUUGGGAGAACCAUGAGCGAUUGGGCAUCUGACCUCAUCGCCACAGAUGGAGAACUGCUUCCUCUUUAAAACCAUGUUUAGCACCAGCAUGCCUGACCACAUCAUCCUUUCUCUUUCCAUGGCAGAUGUUUAUUUUUUAUAAAUUAAGCUCUUCACUUAAUCACCCAACGUAGACAUUUCUGUGCUCCGAGGGUGACCGCUAUGAACGUUACCUGACCUUUGGGAUGAUUCAUUAUGUAACUGCACUCAGUGUAAUUUACUGUAAUUAGCAUAAUCAUAACCUAACUCGCAAAACUUUCCAAAGGUGCAGUCUGCCAAUGAAACUAAAAAUUUCAGAAAAACUGCUUGAAUUCUACUUCUGUUGAGAAAGGCCCGCCGCUGGCUGACUAGUGACUGUUUCCUGAUGUUCUACCUCUUAACAAGGACUCUAAAGCGCUUUCUUAAUUACAGGCACUUUAGCAAUAAGCAGAUGAAAAUGCUAGGAAAUCACAUUUUUAAUUGUUUUGGUUUUAAAUGUAUAAAUUGGUGACUAUUUCUGAAGUUCUAUAGGAAAUGUCUCCAAGUCACAUCUCAAAAUAAUAAAAAGGGGAAACUUU